CUUCUCUUUCUCAGCAAGAUGGUUAUCACAUUGUGCUCUUGCAUGGGCCAUCGAUGGAUGGUGUCGUGGAGUUCUGGAAAUUUUGACCAUUUACAAUGCAAUGCAGGAAGCUGCUCUACAACUGAGGACGCGUUUGGAGAAUACAUUAGAUGGCAAUGGCUUUGUCCAUGACACGGCCACUGCUUUGGCAGUUGUUGCCACUUUGGACGAUAUGUUUAUUACACCGGAAACAUUAGAGGUAACCCGUCUCGGUCGUUGUGUUAAUCUAUUACGGAAGAAAACCACAUCGGAGGAGUUAUCAAAAAGAGCCAAACAAUUAGUUAAGAAGUGGCAAAAACUUGUCAAGUCGGAUUGUGCAUCCCGUGCAUCCACUCCGAAUGGGAUGCCUUUCGCUCCGAACAACACGACCACGACAUUGCUGCGGCGAGCAGCAGCAGAAUUUAGUGCUGCUGCUGAAGGGUCCAGAGAUCAUGAUGGUAGUGCUGCUACUGCCACCGCUGGUGUCGCAUCUACUGCUGACCCUGAUGAUAGCAGCAGUCUUGACUGUAUGCAAUCCUUAAGAGAGCGCAGUGCUGCUGCUGCUGCGGCGGCGGGCGGUUCCCAAGAACCGCCGCUGCUGCACGAGUCACUAACGGGAAAUGCGGUCCCCACUCCAGAACAGCCGGUGGACCGGCCAGACGGGCCCGCUUCCUCUCGCCAAUGGCAUGGUGUUGAUGGUCGGCAGUCAGGCCAGGACGGUGGUGGCGAGUGGACAAGUUGGACAGAGUGCCUUUACAGUGCCGACGGCACACAAGUAGCUGCACCCUACAUCUAUUUGGAAUAACUUUGUGAGAAUAGCUUCUCUCCAUAGUGCAUGUGAUCAUUGAAGAAAUUUGCCUUCACUAGCUUGUGGUAAGAGCUCAUUCUUACAUGUCCUUGUGAAAGUACCACCCUUCUGCUUCACUGGUAAUGUCUGGUACGAAGCAGCCUUGAUAUCCUCUCCCGACCCCGUGCAUUCGCUUCUCGAACACUGUAGCUUCACCAUUAAUUUUAUAUGAUUCUCCCUGAGAGUGAGUGUGUGUGCAUAUGAGUAAGGUCUGGCAUUUGCGCUACUCGCCCUCCUCUCUCUCUCUCUCUCUCUCUCUCUCUCUCUCUCUCUCUCUCUCUCUCUCUCUCUCUCUCUCUCUCUCUCUCUCUCUCCCACUCUCGGUUAUUUUAUUGUCGCGCUCUAGCGCCUGGCCUAUGCCUCUGUACUGUCAUGUGCUCUGCCUCAUCGUGUGCGUACAGCUGACCUGCACCCAGUGUAUCACUGGGUAUGCAAUGCUACUGCUAACACUUUGUCUUGCGCUGGAUGCUUGAUUCUACUGCUUUUUUAAUCUUGUUUUAACCCCCUUUUUUAAUCUCAUUCGUGUAUCGUCUUGAAAUUGCGUCUUCUUGUUGCUGGUCCCAGCUUCCAUCAGCCCAUCAUCCCAUCAUAGCUGCAAAAUGCCGAAAAUGCUCUAUCUUGACUGCAGUCAUAUACUCUUAUGAAAAUUCACUUCUAUAAUGAGCUGAUGGUAUUCAUAAAAAAAAAACAUUUUCUGAAAAAAAACUAUUACCUCAGUCAAGCUGUGUCUCGUACGCCUGUGCUGUAUGUGUCCAUGGCUUGUGCUGUACCAUUGCUUGUGCUGGCACUUAUUUAUAUCUCUAAUCCUCACCAAGUUUUUGGUCGGGUAUUGUUGUGCACAAGUUUGGCUCCCCACAUCACUGGUACACCUUGUGCCUGUUAGCAAUUCUCCUGGUCAGUGUGUUUUUUUCGUGCAUCCACCAA